GCAAAACGUGGAAUCUGAGUUGGAGUGGCACCAUUCGCUCUCUCGGUUGGUUGAUUCGAUCUAAGAUUUCUGCAAAAAUGAGAGAAAUUUGAAGGUCCAGCGGUGUUAAAAAUUUCAGAUCUGUUGCAAACUGCGGCUCAAGUUUCAGCAGGAGGGAAGAUUUUAGAACUGAAGAUAACUAACUAGAUAGCUAGCGAAGAUGCGAGUGGCAGUAAUUGGAGGAGGGAUAAGCGGAUUGAUCUCUGCGUACGUACUUGGAAAAGGAGGGGUUGAAGUGGUGUUGUACGAGAAGGAUGAUUACUUGGGAGGUCAUGCCCGAACCGUCACCGUCGACGGCGUCGAUUUGGAUCUCGGUUUCAUGGUCUUCAACCGCGUAACGUAUCCAAAUAUGAUGGAGUUCUUCGAGAGUCUUGGAGUGGACAUAGAGGUUUCGGAUAUGUCAUUCGCAGUGAGCCUGGACAAGGGCCGAGGAUGCGAAUGGGGAAGCCGAAAUGGGUUAUCCGGUUUGUUUGCGCAGAAAGUUAAUGCCUUCAACCCGUACUUUUGGCAAAUGCUUCGGGAAAUAUUCAAGUUUAAGGCCGAUGUUCUCAAGUAUCUUGAAGAGCUUGAGAACAACCCUGACAUUGAUCGCAAUGAAACCUUGGGGCAUUUCAUCAAAUCACAUGGUUUCUCUGAUUUGUUUCAGAAGGCUUAUCUCGUGCCAAUAUGUGCUUCAAUCUGGUCCUGCCCUUCAGAAGGAGUGAUGAACUUUUCAGCUUUCUCUGUUCUUUCAUUCUGCCGGAAUCAUCAUCUUCUUCAGCUCUUUGGCCGUCCACAAUGGCUAACUGUCAGAUGGCGUUCACAUACUUAUGUCAAUAAGGUUCAAGAAGAGCUGGAAAGUAAAGGUUGUCAAAUUAGAACAGGAUGUGCAGUGCAGUCUGUUUCAACUUAUGAUGGAGGUUGCACUGUAUUAGGUGUAGAUGGCUUACAAGAGACAUAUGAUGGGUGUAUACUAGCCACACAUGCACCAGAUGCUUUAAGUAUAUUGGGUGAACAAGCAACACAUGAGGAAGUUAGAGUGCUUGGUGCUUUUCAAUAUGUUUACAGUGAUAUUUUCCUUCACCGUGACAAAACUUUAAUGCCGCAAAACCCAGCAGCAUGGAGUGCAUGGAAUUUUCUAGGAACCAUACACAACAAAGUAUGUUUGACAUAUUGGCUCAAUGUGCUCCAGAACAUUGGCGAAACCGAUUUACCGUUCCUUGUGACUCUCAAUCCACCCCAUACACCAGAACAUACCAUGCUCAAAUGGACAACAAGCCAUCCUGUCCCAUCAGUUGCUGCAUCAAAAGCUUUGUUCGAGCUUGAUGGAAUCCAAGGGAAGAGAGGAAUAUGGUUCUGUGGCGCAUACCAGGGCUAUGGAUUCCAUGAGGAUGGACUGAAGGCUGGCUUGGUUGUUGCAAAUAAUAUGCUUGGAAAAAAAUUUACUCUUCUGAAAAACCCAAAACAUAUGGUACCUUCUCUGGCAGAAACAGGAGCUCGCCAUUUUGUAACUAGGUUCCUUGUGCGUUUUAUAUCUGCGGGACGUUUAACUUUAUUAGAAGAAGGAGGCACUGUUCUUUCUUUUGAAGGAACUAGCAAAAUCUGUCCUCUUAAAGCUGUCCUAAAAGUUCAUGAUCCCCAGUUUUACUGGAAGGUUGCUACACAAGCUGAUUUAGGCCUUGCAGAUGCAUAUAUAAAUGGCGAUUUCUCUUUUAUUGAUAAGGAAGAUGGUCUUUUAAAUUUGUUCACGAUUUUCAUUGCUAACAGGGAUUCGAAUAAUUCUAUCACAAAGCACAAUAAUAAAAGUCAUUACUUCUUAAAAAUUUCUGGCCCCAGGGGUUGGUGGACACCAUUACUUUUCACUGCUGCAAUUGCAUCUGCAAAGUAUUUCUACCGUCAUGUUUCAAGGCAAAACACUCUCACACAAGCUCGGAGGAACAUCUCCCGUCAUUAUGAUUUGAGUAAUGACCUCUUUGCUCUGUUCUUGGAUGAAACAAUGACGUAUUCUUCUGCAAUAUUUAAGGAGGAGAAUGAAGACUUGAAGACUGCACAGAUGAGGAAAAUCUCUCUUCUGAUUGAAAAAGCCAGAAUUGAUGGAAAGCAUGAAAUUCUUGAAAUUGGAUGUGGCUGGGGAAGCUUAGCUAUUGAAGUCGUCAAACGAACAGGAUGCAAGUAUACUGGCAUUACCCUUUCCAAAGAGCAACUGAAAUUUGCCGAAAGAAAAGUAAAGGAAGCAGGGCUUCAGGACCGCAUAAAAUUCCUUCUAUGUGACUACCGACAAUUGCCUGGCUCUUGCAAAUAUAACAGAAUUAUAUCAUGUGAGAUGAUAGAAGGGGUUGGCCAUGAAUUCAUGGAGGACUUCUUUGGCUGUUGUGAUUCGGUGUUGGCCGAAGAUGGUCUUCUUGUUCUACAGUUUAUAUCAAUACCUGAUGAACGGUAUGAUGAGUACAGACAAAGCUCUGAUUUUAUAAAAGAAUACAUUUUCCCUGGUGGAUGCCUUCCAUCUUUGAGUAGAGUAACAUCGGCAAUGGCGUCAUCAUCUAGACUAUGUGUGGAGCACCUGGAAAAUAUCGGAAUACAUUACUAUCAAACACUGAAAUGUUGGAGGAAGAAUUUCAUGGAAAAGCAGAGUAAAAUUCGUUCUUUGGGAUUUGAUGAGAAAUUCAUCCGAACAUGGGAAUAUUAUUUUGACUAUUGUGCUGCUGGUUUUAAAUCGCGUACACUGGGCAAUUAUCAGAUGGUAUUUUCACGUCCAGGGAACCAUACGGCAUUCAGCGAUCCAUACAGAAGUGUACCCUCAGCAUACUGAAAAUCUUUAGGUGAUCCCCAUUAUCUCCAUCUUUUUCUUUUUCUUUUUUUCAUAUAUUUUUUGUCCCUCUAGUUCCAAGGGUUGGGUUAUUCUAUCAUUGCAAGGGAAACUGGGUAUUUUCUGCUGUCCCAGAAAGGAAAGCAAGUGUUGAACCAUCAUAAUCUUUGUUACACUGAGCAUUUAUUGGCAGAAUUUUGAAUAGAAGGAUUGAAUUGUGAUUAACUUCUA